UACACUUUCAAAUAAAAAUAAAAUGAGUUAUGCAUCUGACCAUCUUGCUUGGCAGCAGAGGGUGAAUAAAGAAGUUACCAAAGCAGAAAAGUUUGAGAGGAAGUUCUUGCCUCUCAAAUAUGACGAAAACUCUCCACUUAAGGGUUUAGCCGAUAAGCUUUGUGCUCCUUACAGGUUCUCAGACCCUAAUGGAAUUGCAAAAUAUGACUUGAAGCAGAUGAUGCAAACAAUGGACUGUACUCAAAAGGACAAGUAUAAGAGAUUAGAGUCUUAUAGAAAGUCUCUUGCAAAAGGAGCUAAAGAGGAUACUGUGAAUUCUUUCCAAUCCACAUAUAACACGAUGAACAGUCCAAAUAACACUAAACUUUCUAAAUCUAUGCGCAAAAUUACCAAUUCUUUGAAAAGGAGAGAGCUUGAUGAAUUGAUGGCAUCUGUAAGCAGUGGUGAUGUUAUGAAUACUUAUAAGUACCCUAAGGCAAAGCCAUUCUUCCAUCAGGCAUAUAUUGCUAAGAGCAAGGUUGACACACUAUCACAGGCAUCUUCUAAGCUGGGAAGAAAUAGGUCAUUAGGGCAUUUAAUGAAAGCACAUUGAUCAGGAAAGAAAGAAGGGCAUCAAAAUACUGUUCUCCCUAAAAUCAAGAAAGACAGGUUUAAUGAAGACACAGCAAGUGAAUACUCUGUAUAUAGUAAGAAGUCUAAAUCUGGAAAAUCAAACCUCAAACCAAAGAAUUUUUCUACAAUUGCUUCUAACAAGUUCUUGCCACAGAACCUGACAUCUAAGAUGCAGAAGAAGGUAGAUGGGUCCCAUCUGUCUCAGGUUUCAGACCGGGCUGACGACAUUAAGAAAGCCCUCAUCGAUACAAUUGAGAAUAUGAAUGACCAAGAGGUUGAAGUUAUGAGAUCGGCCAUUGAUAGUGUGAAGGGCAGCAAAAGGUCAAGACAGGUGAAGAAAGGAUUAAAAGUCACCAAGACUAUGGAAAGAAUAAAAGAACCUCCCCUAGAAGAAGUACCUGAGGAGAAAAAGGAGGAAGCAGAAAGCUCUAUUGCUGUAAAAGAGGAGGAAGCGUCUGAGCUUGCUGAUAAAGUCUUAGAUCUCCCUGAGAAACCUAGUAAGGCUGCUGUACCUUCCACAAAAAGUAAAAGCUCUAGAAGAUCUUUCAGAUCUUCUACUUCAAGCAAAUACAUCAGUGAGCUUGAAUCUCAAAUUGAGGAUGAGAGAAAGGAAAGAGAGAAAUUAAAGAAGGAGGUUGAGGAAAUGAAAAAAAUUAGCGAGCAGCUCAUGAAACAAAUUCAAAGUAGUAAGAAGGAAGAGUCUCAAGAUAGUCCUAACUAACUUUUGCUUUUCCUCUAUUGACAAAGGUUUGCGCAAUCCAAAAGUUUGAUUUUUAUCGUUAUGCUAAGUAACUGAAUUAUUGAAGGAAUCUAAAGAUGUACCUCUUUUCUGCUGCAUAUUGAGAUGCAGUAGACUUAUUCAGACACUUUAGCACUUUACGAUAGAGAUCAAUUGGAGCACUUCCUGAUAAAAAUCCAAUUA